AUGGCUGCAGAAGCUGAGGCAGCGAGAGAAGCUCGCGCUAAGGUGAUAGCAGCAAGAGGGGAGCAAAAAGCUUCCCAAGCACUCAAAGAGGCAGCUGACGUGAUAAAUGAGUCACCUUUUGCAAUCCAACUUCGUUAUCUGCAGACAUUGAGCACAAUCUCGGCUGAGAAGAACUCCACGAUAAUCUUCCCUCUCCCAGUUGACAUGCUGACACAAUUCAUGCAUAGAAAGCCCUCAUCAAGUUCCAUCUCAGCCAUUCAUUCCUCUACCGCAUCAGCUGUUGAAUUAGGAGGAAGUGUAGAUGGCGGUGUAGUUGGAGUCGGUGUGAGCAAUUCCUCAACAAAGGAACGUCAAGGAUUCACAAUCCCUCCACCUACACGAAGACUUCAAGUAGUUGGUGGGACACCUUCGACACCACCUUCAGCAACCAAUGAAGCAUUUGCUGUCUAG